AAAUAAAUAAAAAGGAUGUUAAACAGCCUACGUCGAAACGAAUCGACGGCUUCAACGCGGAGAAAGAAGAAGAAGAAGAAGAAAGAUAGUGGACCUAGUGAAACCCUAGAACAUCGAAAAAUGGAUAUCCUGAAACAAGAAUUGCAGAAGAAGCGACAAAGCCUAGCCCAAGACGUCGGCGGCAGAAAAUACUUCAAGCGCUCCGAAAUCGAACAGAAGCGACUCCAAAGACUCCGCGAAGAAGAGAAACGCGAAUCAGAGGCAAAAUCCCUCCGCGAGAAGCAACAGAACCAAAAUCAAAACUCAUCUCUCGAUUCCUCAUCAAACCCUAGCUCCAACAACGAAAUCUCCAAAUCCAAGAACGAAUCAGCCAAUUCUUCGUCUUCCAAAGCCCUAACCGACGAGCAGAAGAUCGACGAUCUCAACCUCCCGAAGCAAGAAGUGAUUCGCCGCCUCCGAUUCCUCAAACAACCGGUGACGCUGUUCGGCGAAGACGACGAGGCGAGGCUCGAUCGGUUGAAGUAUGUGUUGAAGGCGGGGUUGUUUGAACUUGAUGACAGUGAUAUGACGGAGGGGCAGACGAAUGACUUUUUGCGCGAUAUUGUGGAGUUGAAGAAGCGGCAGAAGACGGGGAUUUCGAGCGAUCGGAAGCGGAAGGCGGCGGAGGAUGCCGGGGAGGACAAGGAUGGAGGAGGUGGCGAUGACGACAUGAGUGGAGAUGGGGGUUCGUCUGAUAUGGAGCACGAUAAGGAUUUGAAGCGAAUGAAGACGAAAUUCGAGGAGUUGUGUGAUGAGGAUAAGAUUCUUGUGUUUUUUAAGAGGCUGUUGAAUGAGUGGAAUCAGGAGCUCCAUGAGAUGACUGAGACGGAGAAGAGGACGGCCAAAGGGAAGUCUAUGGUUGCUACCUUUAAGCAAUGUGCUAGGUAUUUGAAUCCGCUAUUCAAAUUCUGCAGGAAGAAGGUUCUUCCUGAUGAUAUUCGGCAAGCAUUGAUGGUGAUGGUUGAUUUCUGCAUGAAGCGAGACUACCUGGCUGCAAUGGAUCACUAUAUCAAGCUGGCCAUUGGAAAUGCACCCUGGCCUAUUGGAGUUACUAUGGUUGGUAUCCACGAACGUUCAGCCCGUGAGAAGAUUUACACCAAUAGUGUGGCACACAUUAUGAAUGAUGAGACAACACGUAAGUACCUGCAAUCUAUUAAGAGACUGAUGACAUUCUGCCAACGGCGCUACCCAACAAUGCCAUCCAAAGCAGUCGAGUUCAACAGCUUAGCAAAUGGUAGCGACUUACAUUCAUUGUUAGCGGAAGAGAGGCGGUUGGCCGGGGGAAAUCAAGCCUCGGAAGAAAGGCUUAUGCUUAUGCCUGCCCCACCAAAGGAUAGCAGCUAGCUGCAUUCUAUAUGGUGAUCUCUGGUGGAAUUAGAUUAUAGUUGGAUGUGCUUUGUGCAAUCUUCUGUAUAAUACUCAAUUAUGUAACUGUAAGUUCACAAUGUUCCCUUUGCAUAACAGACAUAGAAAUGGGAUAUUUCAUUGAUGCCAAAGUUCUGUUGUGAUAUUUA